CGACGUGAAAAAUGGCACAUAUGAUAAGGUCCAAGUUCGUACUUCUGUCAUUGAAACACGCUAAUCGCAUUGCGCCGCGAAUCCCAGUGCCCUUAAAAUAUCAACGAUUAUGCUUCCACACGAGCGGAAUCCUCGACGGUAUGAUAUUGAUUCAGAAAUCGCAAGUGUUCCUCGCCAAUUGGAGUUUGGAGGUUAUCUCGAAGAAUACAAAUUUCAGAGAAUCUGCGACAGAUGAAAUCAUCUCGUUCUCGACAUAACGUUAAGCAGAAAUGACAAAACUGAGUUUAACGUAAAAGGAAAAGAAUUACUAAUGCCGUCAUUGUCACCCACCAUGGAAAAUGGUACUAUAGUAAAGUGGCUUAAAAAGGAAGGCGACAAGCUCGAACCUGGCGAUGCUGUCGCAGAUAUUCAGACCGACAAGGCUAUCGUCACAAUGGAAUUUGACGAUGAAGGUGUAUUAGCAAAAAUAAUUGUACCUGAAGGAACAAAGGACAUCAAGGUAGGAACUCUGAUAGCUCUCACUGUGGAGGCCGAUGAAGAUUGGAAAGAAGUCGAAAUGCCAGAUACUACAAAAUCUCCUAAAGCACCGGCUUCUACUUCGGCUUCUACUGAACAACCAUCAAGCGCACCUGUUACAAUGGAAAUACCACCUGGCCAACAAAAUAUUGCUAUGCCUGCCCUCUCACCCACAAUGACAACAGGUACAAUCGUGAAGUGGCUGAAGAAGGAAGGUGAAGAGAUACAACCUGGCGACGCGUUGGCGGAUAUACAGACGGAUAAAGCCGUUAUGAGUUUUGAGCUGGAGGAUGAAGGCGUGCUCGCAAAAAUUCUCGUUCCAGAAGGAUCUCAGGUAGAAGUAGGACAAUUAAUAGCUAUUACAGUUGAAAAAGGGAUGGACUGGAAACAGGUUGUUGUUCCAACAUCAACUAAGCCGACAAAAGUAGCUGCAGCCGCGCCAACAACACCAAGUUCCGCUCAACCAACCAGUGCAAAAGCAAGUGGACAAGUAUACGGUUUAGCAGUAAAAAGAUUACUAGAGGAAUAUGAUUUGAGUUCGGACUCGAUCAAGGGCACUGGACGUACGAAUCGUUUAUUAAAGAGCGACGUCCUUGCCUACAUUCAGGUGCAUAAUGUUAAAAAAGUUGCGCCAAAAUCUGCUCCCGCUCCGAUGGUUGAUACGAUGAAGGCACGUUCUCCUAGUCCAGCGGAUAUUUCUGCCUCUCCUGGUCAACCAUCUCCAUACGAAGAUAUUGAAAUAUCCAACAUUCGUGCCGUCAUCGCUAAACGGCUUGGAGAAUCGAAAAGUACUAUACCGCAUUCUUAUGCAGUUGUAAACAUAAAUAUCGAUAAGUUGCUCGAGCUCCGUGCAAAGCUCAAGACGGACGAUAUAAGUGUAUCGGUUAAUGACUUCAUCACUAAAGCUGUUGCUCAUGCGCUUCUCGAGUGUCCCGACAUAAACACGUUAUAUCAAAACGGACAAGCUGUACGAGUUCCAAAGGUGGACGUGUCUGUAGCGGUCGCGGCGCCAUCGGGUCUUAUCACACCAAUAGUUUUCGAUACUGUCACUAAGAGCCUAACGGACAUCUCCAAAAACAUCCGAGAGUUGGCUGAUAAGGCGAAAAAAGGACAGCUCAAACCACAUGAGUUUCAAGGCGGAACGUUCACAAUCUCGAAUCUGGGAAUGUUCGGCGUCAAAGAGUUCUCUGCCAUUAUAAAUCCACCGCAAACUGCUAUUCUCGCUGUAGGAGCCGGGCGCGAAGAACUGGAUUCUUCAUUGGCAAAAGUGACGAAAAUGACAGCGACGUUGUCGUACGACAGACGAGCGAUCGAUGAGGAUCAAGCAGCCGACUUUUUGGCUGUCUUGAGAGCUAUGCUGGAGGACCCAGUUUUUCUAGCAGCUGGUCGGGUGCAAGCACUGAGAUACAAACGCGAUGCGUAUUGAUCAUUUCUAAUAGAAUAAUUCACUCUCACAGAUUCUCUCUAAAAUUUUUAUUACAAAAACAGCUCAUACUUUUUGUUGCUGGUAUCAAGCGAACUAGAUAUCAUUUCUUGUGUAACAUUGUUACUAUUUGUUAAUUAAUUGUUAUUUGUUAAUCACACAAGGAAGUAAAGCUUGAUGUUAAUCAACUUUUAUGAUUGUACAUAAAUAAUAAUACUACAAUGUAGAUAAUUAAUAGCUGUUUUUGGAAUAGGCGAAAGAAUGAUUAAUUUUUAUCGAUCUUAAUUUUUAAUUUAUUUUUCAUGUUACACACGCAAAAGAUGAUAUACGCAUAUGCGUGCGCGGCAACUUAUUUAUACAUUAUAUACAUAUAUUUAUACUGCCGAAGAUAAUACAAGCUAUCUACAUUAUGGGCGUAUUCUCACUUAUAUUUUUAAUGCUAAUUAACUAAUUAAUGUUUAUUAACCGAAAUUAAACUGCCAAACAAACCACAUACAAAUCACAAAAACUUACGCGAUUAGUCGUUUUACAGAAAACAUUAGCAUUACUGUAAAUAUUAAUUUGUCAGCAAAUUAAAAUAUUAAACUAGUUAGGGUUAAAACCCUCAAAGUGGCAAAGAAUGAGAAAAUGUCCAUUUUCGUGUAUUUAAAUUUUUGUAAAUAAUUAGCGCACUUGUACAAAUGAGAUCAAUCUAAUUUAUAUCUUCUGUAAAUAUCUGCAAUUUUUCGGCUAUGAUACAACAUACGCAGAUCAGAAAUGAUAUAAACAUGCCUACUUUUUUUCAGUUAAAGUUAUGAAAAAAUAUGGAUAUGUUUAUUAUACAGUCAACACAUUUAAAGAUACAUUUGUGCUGUCAUCUCAAACUUCUUUAUGACUUUAUUAUAUGAAAUAUAGGAUAAAUAUCUCCUCCUUUCAUUAUUUUAAUUAAUUUGAAUUAUACAUAAAUGUAUAACCUACCUGUAUAUAUAAUUUAAUAUGUACUCGACUUAAAUAGAAUUAUUGGAUUAGUGUGAUCAUGAAUGAAAGUCAUGAAUUCAUCUUGUAAAUAAAAUAUUUAUUGC